AUGGACGAGCCUGGCGAGGACUCCUGCUACGGUAUCCUGGGCGUGGAUCCCUCUGCCAGCUCUUCUGAGAUCCGGCAGGCCUACCGGAAGCUGGCGCUCGCGAAGCACCCGGACCGGGGCGGCGACCCCGCGGAGUUCGCGCGGCUGAGCAAGGCCUACGAGGUACUUUCUGACGCCAAGGCCCGUGCCAAGUAUGACGAAACCGGGCGUACAUCCAAGCUCACCGCAGAGGAAGAGUUCAUAGAGGCCUUCCGGGGCAAGCGGGAGGAGCCCGCUGCGGACCGUGAGCCGCCGCCGGAAGCCUCCCGCCGCUUCGCUUGGGAGCGCCCGGAGAGGGAGCGGCCGGGGCAGAGGCGCAGCGGCGGCGUGCACAGCUUCUCCGCAAAUGUGGGCUCACGGGCCGAAGGCUACAUCCGCACGGACAACCUGGCCAGUGCCGUGCGGGAGGCUGGCGAUGGCUUCUCCGUGGGCUCGCGGGUGCGGGUGGUGGGGCUCCAGCAGCAGCCCCAGCUGAACAACGUGCUGGGGGUCUUGGUGAAGUUCCACGGGGACCGCUGGCAGGUGCGCCUGGAGGGUGGCAUGGGGGACAAGCUGCUCCGGGCGAAGAACCUGGAGCCCACCGAGUCUGCCCGGGCCCAGCCCGAGCGGGAAAAGCGGCCGCCGAUGCCGCACAAGCAGCACGAGCGCCCGGAGCCGGAGCGGAGUGCGCGGCUCAGGCAGCCUGACUACUUCCGGGCGGAUGAGCGCCUCGCUGGUGAGAACUCCUUGCAGAUCUGCGGCAGUUGGAACCACUGGCGGCCGCAGGCCAUGGUGCUGGAGCCAAAGCGCCGGUGCCACAAGUUCACCGUGACCUUCGCCUCCGGCGCCCCCGAGAGCUUCCAGAUCUUCGGGCCUGGGGAGGGCCCCGAGCGGUGCCUGCACCCGGACCGCGGGGACGCGAGCCCCUUCGAGUUCCAUCGCCUCAUGGGGCCGGACGAGAACCGCGCGGGCCACAGCUGGACCAUCGGAGCCCAUCCGGAGGAUGACCAAGCCGUGGCUGGCGCCCGCUUCGAGGUGAUCCUCGUGUACGCCGCCAACGGCCGCCCAGAUCGCCUGGACUGGGUGCGCUUGAAUGCGCGGCCUGAGGCGCCGCCGGCGCCGGUGGCGCGACCCAAGCCCUACGGGGGCCUCACCAUGUCAGCCUUCCUGAUGGCGGCCAAGUCGGAUUGGUCGCAGAAGGACGACAUCACCUCGGUGUGCGAGCGCUUGGCCAAGAUCACGGUCACGGACCUCGGCGGACUGCUGCGCGCCGUCCAGUCCGAUGGCUCCGCCAACGUGAACCAGCGCUUCAAGUCUGUGGGGGAGAAGGUCUUCACGGACCAGACCAUGCGGCUGCUGCGGGACCACGCCAAGCGCGUCAGCGACCAGGAGGCCAAGCGCCUGGCGCCCCAGCCGAAGCCGGCGGCCAAGGGGAAGGCCUUCUCGGCGAAGCUGCCGCCGUUGCCCAGCCAGGAGUACCAGGUGGUCCACGACUUCGCCUUCGUGCGCUUGGAGCCGAACCUUCUGGGCUCCAUCUGCGGGAAGAAGCUGAAGGGCGACACCUUCCGGGCCUCCGAGGAGACCUGGGACGGCUGGGUGAAGCUCCAGGGCCAGCCGGGAUACGUCAUCAAGGACAUGGCGGGCAAGCAGAACAUCGGCCAAGUCUUAGCGGGCAUCGGCCGCUGUCUGCCGCUGGUGAUGGAGGAGGUUCAGGGCUCCGACGCGCCGCUGGUCUUCGAGGUGGUGUAUCAGCCCUUCGUGGCGGUGCGCAUUGGGCCGGAUAAGACGCGGCCGCUCCAGGGCACCCGGAAGUUCGGCGACAAAGUGCGCGCCGUGGGCCAGGCCUACGGGGGCUGGAUCCGGCUCUGCGCGGAGGAUGGCGGGGGCUACAUGUUGACCGCGGACCAGGAACUGGGGCAGCUCCUGAAGUGCAGGACCUUAGAGGAGAGGAAGGGCCAGGUGGCGGCGCUCCAGAGCGCCUCGCGGCAAAGAGACCCCGCCGCGCUGGCGGAAGCGGUGCAGGGCGCCAAGAAGUGCGGCGUGGGGGGCGCGGAGUUGGAGGCCGCGGAGGUGCAGCUGCGACGCCUCAAGCAGCGCGAGGCGCUGAGGAAGGAGUUGGUCCAGCGGGCGGCUGCGGCGAAGGAGGAGGGCCGGGAGGACCGCCUGCGCAAGUGCCUGCAAGAGGCUGAGGAGGAGGGCUUGGAGCAGGAGCGGCAGGCCAUGCAGCAGGCGCUGGACACCCUUGUGGCUUCCAAGGCGGAAACUCAGCGCGAGCACGACGUGCUGUUGGAGCAGCUUGCGCAGGCCGCAGCCAGUGGGGACGUGGCCGAGAUCAAGGCGGCGCGCAACGCGGCCAAGGCGGGAGGCGUGCCGAUGAAGGAGAUCGCGCGGAUCUUCGCGCUGAACCAGGGGGGCGCCUGA